AGCUCAAAGCAAUGGCAGGCAUUGGCUGCGGGCCGACGCCGCGCAGCGAAUCAUCACCUGUUCCCCUCGAGAUCGUGGAUUUGAGGAAUGAAGAGCAGGCGUUGCUGGACCAAGUCUACGCAGAGUUGCUUCAGGUGCAUUUCCCGAUUGCUGAUGAGCUAGACGACCUCGAAGACAUGAGGGUGAACCUGGCCAGGGAACCCGACGGGCGGUUCCCAGAGCUGCACAUGUUGGUUGCCAGGAACGAGAAAGGGCCGAUCGCAUGCUGCUACUACGAGUACUACCCGCCUGGGAACUUCGUCCUGGUCAGCUACAUCUGCGUACAGGAGGCGUUUCGAGGGUGCGGCGUCGCACGGCGCUUCCUGGCCAGGCUGGAGGAGCAGAUGGGCGAGCGGGCGGCCGGCCCGCUCGCCGCCAUCUUCGCCGAGACUCACGAGGCGGGCGACGGGGUCAUGGACGCGGCGCAGCGCCAGAUGGCCCUGAGAUCCCUCUCGGCUGCGAGCGAGGGGGGGAAGUGAGAAGGAGGAGGCCGUGUCAGAAGGCUCGGGAGCCCUCAGGCCUUCUGAGAAGUUCUUUGUUCCUUGCCCGAGGACGCAGAAACAUUCUCAGAAGGCGGGGGGGGGGCUUCUGAGAAGGCCCGCUGCCUUCUGAGAGGGCCUCCUUCGCUCCUUCCCCCCCCUUGCUCGCCGCUGGCCCUCGGCUUUCGCUGCCUUGAGCACGAUUACGUGCAGCCGCCCCUGAGCGCGAGCCAUAGGCCGUGCGGAGGGCUCCGGCUGCUCGUGAGGGGCAAGGAGCGGCUGGACCCGUCCGUGGUGGUCGCCUACCUCGACAAUUUCGCGGGGAGUGUGUGCGACUACGACGGCAGCAGGAAGUCCGAGAAGUACUACGUCGACCAGGUCGAGGCGCUGGCCCAGGUGGCUUUCGUGGAGACCACCCAGGAGCUCCCAUGGUGAGCGCGCCUUCUCGAGGCCUGCGAACCUCCGACGGCAUCGGCAUCGGUCGACCUCGCGCACGCGGGGGGGAGGGGUGCGGCGGGGGUCAGAGGAGGAAGCGGUUCCGAGGCUGCUGCCCUGGCCUCGCUUCCGCCGUGUCUGGGCCUCCUGGGACCCCCUGGUCGCUACGGCCGAAUUCGCCUCGACGCUCUGGUCAGAACGCACCCAGGAAGAGGCCCGCAGAGUACGUCAGGUUCGCGUCGUGUCGACCAGCGGCGACCCCGCCACAGGCGUU